AUGUCCGGAAACCUGCAGCUCUUCUGGCAGCUGGCCUCAGCUUCGAAGCAGGAUCGACUCGCUUCGUCGGACAAGCUCAUUGGGGACCUGCUCGAGCAGCAGAGCGCUCUGGCUUCAACCUCCAAGGUGACGAUCGAGAGCACCGAGCAAGCAGAUGACCCGCUGGACGCCGAUGGCAGCAACGACCCGUUGCUCGUGUCUGACGAGGCCGCGCUCCUAGCGGAAGAGGCUAUCGGCAAUAGGAACGCAGCAGAUGUGGCGUACGCCAUCAAGCGGCUGAUUCGCGGCUUGGCCAGCCCGCGAGAGAACUCGCGCCUCGGUUUCGCCGUCGCACUGACAGAGCUGCUGUCCAACCUCGAGUCCGUCACGAGCCAAGAGAUCCUCGCCCUGAUCCUCAAGUACUCGACGCCGCAGGGCUCGAUCAGCGGGCAGGAGCAGAGGGAUCUGAUGUUCGCCAAGCUGUUUGGCGUGCUCGCUCUCGUCCAGUCUGGGCUUCUCUUCCGCCCCACUUCUUCCCUGGCCCACUUCGAAAGGUCCAUGGAUGUCCUGCUUGCCCUCACCGGCAAGAAAGCCUGGAUGGGCGAGAGCUGCGGCUGGGUCCUCUAUCAGACCAUCGGUCACCUUCGCAGCGAUGCUGCGCCGGCGUGGGCCGACGAUGCUCUCUCGUGGCUGGCGCGGACGGUGGGUGCCGCGACGGAGAACACGCCAGAGAAGGUGGCGAUCCUCUUCCGGCUCGAGCAGACUGGGCGUCUUGGCGCGCGCGACAGCGUCAUCGUCCCGCCGUACAAGGGGACCCACUUGCUGUCGUCUGCCAACCUUCCCACCCUCGCCCGCAUUCUUCGGGAUGCAUCUGCAUCCGAGAGCAACGAGGCCGCAACCGGUUCCCGGCCCGGCUUCCGCCCGCAGCUGCACUUCGUCUGGGAUGUCAUCCUCGACAGCUAUUUCGGCCCCGCCCGCUCAGAUUCUUCGUCGCCGGUCGUUCCUUUUCCCGAAUUCUUCCGCGUCGUCGUCGACGAGUCCCUCUUUGCCGCUUCAGGCUCGACGGAGCGCAAGUCAUGGGGCUUCCAGGUCUUUGAGCGAGCCCUCGUUCGCGCCAGCGACGGCGACAAGCCGCUGCUCUUCACUCCCAACUUUAUGCGCACCUGGAUCAACCAGUUGUCGGGCCAGGACCGCUUCCUGCACAAGGCGGCGCUCAAGACCGCCUCGACCGUCCAGGACGUCGUCUCGGGCAACCCUAAGAUCGGCUUCAGCCUCGUCUCGCAGCUCAUCGGAGAGCACGGCCACCAGAACUUUGACCAGAUCACCAAGACCAAGACCGUCUCCGGGGUUCUCUCGGCCCUCGACGUCCAGGGAGUCCGGGAGUACACGCGUCACCUCCGUGACCUGAUCUGCACGGCUACAGAUGCCGCCGGAGCGGAUGGGGUCAAGGGAGUCGCUUCGCAACGCAAGUGGGCCCUCGACCAGCUCCUAUUGAUCGUCAGGACGGUCUCGAUCCCUAAGGAUGACGCCUGCGUGCAGGACAUCCUCGAGCUGCUCAUCGCCCACGGCUACUUUGCGAUGAAGCAGCCGCUCAAGAAGAGCCAGAUGCUCGAUGUGCUGCCCGAAGUCGAGCUUUCGGACGAGUACAGGCAGCUGUGCCGCUCGCGCCUCCUGUCCUGCCUCUCUGAGCUCUCGUCGCAGACGACGGUCCUGUCGGACAGCGACGGCAAGAGCCGCAAGGCGCAGGGCAUCAACAGCAAGGGCGAGCUGUGGCUGGCCGUCGCGUACGACACCUUGCUCCGAUUCGACAAGGAUGCCAAGACUUUCACCUCCAUCUUUGAUCGCGACGAGGAGAUCGAAUCGAGGCUCAAGGAAGGGCGGUCGUGCCUCGACAAGGUCCGCAAGAAGGAGAAUGCCACCAAGGAAGCGGCGCUCAAGGACCAGCUGCGGGCGUUCCGGGUGCUGCUCCUGGCCGGCCUGAUCGUCUCGGUGGACGCCGAAGACGGAGCCGCCGAUCUCGUCGAGCCGCUCUGCGAUUGUGCCGGCAUCCUCUUCUUCGCCGCAGUCCCCAAGUCCAAGAAGGCGGCCGCCGCCGUCCAGGCGGACGAGCAGGAGGCCGAGGGCAUCGACGUGCUCGUCGACUGCCUGGUCAACUUCCUCGAGCUUCCCUCGGCGUUCCUGCGCUUCGUCGCCACCCACGCUUUCGAGCCCUUCGCCAAGGACAUGACGGCCAACAGCCUCGACCACCUCUUUGCGCAGAUCGGCCUCGGUCAAGCGACUGAGGGCCAAGCUGAGAUGGGCGAAGGUGCCGGGCCUGACGCGGACGCCGUCGAGGCCGGCGAUGGCGAGCAGGUAUCUGACACGUCGGCCACCAGCGAGGACGAAGAUGACGACAUGGACGCCAGCGACGCCGACGACGACGAAAACGAGGCCGACGACGUGGACCCAGAGCUUCGUGCCAAGAUCCAGGCUGUGCUGCGCGAGGGCGGCAUCGCCGAGCCCGACCCGGAAGACGGCGAGGACGACAACAUGGACCAGGAUGGCGAUGAGGACGACAGCGGCUCCGAGUCGAGCGUCGAGCUCUCGGACCUCGACGACGACCAGAUGAUGCUGCUCGAUGACAAGCUGGCAGAGGUGUUCCGCCAGCAGCUCUCGGCCAAAAAGUCCAAGAACAGCAAGAAGGAGGCGAAGCAGGAGGAGAGCAUCUUCAAGAACAAGAUUCUGGACAUUCUCGAGGUGUACGCCCGCAAGCAGCACGCGAACCCGCUCGUGCUUCGACUGGUGUCCCCCCUCUUCAAUCUGGCGAGGGACGACGAUGCGGACGAGAAGCAGCUGUCCAACCGGGCUGCCGGGAUCCUGCGCUCGCGGCUGUGCAAGGCCAAAGAGCUUCCGGAAGGCGUCACGGCCGCCGACGUGGCCGAGGAGCUCGAGGAGAUGCACACCGUCGUCCGAUCCGUCUCCAAGGGCAACGUCGCCGACCUUGCCGCCGCCGUCAUCUUCUACCUGACCAAGAUCGCGCUCUCGGGCCGCGGCUCGAUCUCGCCUACCGACGAUGCGGUCGUCAUCGAAGCGUACAAGGCGACGCUGACCGACUUCCUCACGCGCCGCAAGUCGCACGUCAAGCCUGCGUUCCUCGUCGAGUCGUUCAAGCGCUUCCCCCAGCUCGGCUGGUCGCUGCGCGAGGAUGUCCUCGACAGCUGCCGACCGGGAGCUGCAGCCCACUCCUUCCGGCAGCUGACCGCGAUGCAGAUGCUCCAGGAGAUGCUGACGCAGUAUGCCCAGACGGCCGACAAGGAUGCGGUGCUGGACUUUGUGCCCCAGGUGAGCCAGUGCAUCGGCGAGAUUGUGGCCUCGGCCGCCACCGAUGCCGAGCCUCCGUACAAUGCGGGCCGGCUCAAGGACACGAUCAAGUUUGCGCUCCACGUCGCGCGACUCUCCAAGAGGCUCGCGCCGUCCGAGGACAAGCUGCGCGCCGCAUGGAAGGUGGCCAAGCUGCGCGAGUCGACCGACCAGCUGCAGGCGUGCGAGCGCUUCAAGGCUUCGGCCUCGAUCCACGCGCUGGUCAAGCAGCUGUUUGCGAUCCUCGAAGGGCCCAGCGCUGGCGCCGGCGCCAAGGCCGGCAAGGCGGCCUCGCCCUCAAAGGCUGCGACACCGUCCAAGAAGCGACCGAGCGCUUCCCAGGAUGCGGCCGGAGCCAACACUGGGUCGCCCUCUGUCGACGCCAAGCCGGGUUCGGCCAAGAAGGUCAAGGCCAAGAGAAGCUAG